CAGCCGGGCCUGCAGGUCCCGCUGCAGCACCUCCAGCAGCCACUCCUCCAGCGCCGCCAGCAGCCCGUGGCGAGCCAGCACCGCCGCCGCCGCCCGCAGCUCGUCCCCCGCCGCCGGGGACUCCGGGCCCUCCGGACCCAGCCCCAGAGCGGCGGCCGGCACCAGGCCGGUGCUGAGGGCGUGCCAGGCGGCCGAGAGCUCCAUCGCGCGGGCGGGCGGGCGGCCGUUGGAGGAGGAGGAGGAGGAGCCGCCGGGCGGGAAGGCAGCCGGGCGGAGAGAGCGGCGGCGGCGGCGAUGACCCAGCAAGGCGCGGCGCUGCAGAGCUACAACAACGAGCUGGUCAAGUGCAUCGAGGAGCUGUGCGCCAAGCGGGACGAGCUGAGCCGGCAGAUCCGGCAGGAGGAGGAGGAGAAGGCCAAGCUGCAGGGCGACCUCCGCGUGCUGACCGAGCGCCUGGCCCGCAUCAACGAGACCCUGGCCCACAAGAUGGCCUCCCGCAACGAGUUCGACAAAACCAUCGCCGAGACCGAGGCGGCCUACAUGAAGAUCCUGGAAAGCUCGCAGACGCUGCUGAACGUGCUGAAGAAGGAAGCCGGGAACCUGGCCAAGGCCACCGAGUCCAAGAGCCUCCCCGCCAAGGACAGCUGAACGGGGGCGGGUGGGGGGCGCUUGGGGAGCACUAAAUAAAGUG